UAAUGAAACUGGUUCAAGCCAAGCUAUGGAACUGGAAGGUGCAAAACGUUCUUUUAAGUUCCUAACCAAUUCAGGAGUGAAAGUGCAAACAUUCAUAUCUGACAGACACAGAGGGAUAGCAAAGUGGUUGAGGGCAGCAUACCCAUUGGUCCAUCAUUUCUUUGAUAUCUGGCAUGUUUCCAAAAGCAUAACCAAAAAGUUGGCAAAAUUAGCUAAAGAAAAAGGUUGUGAAGCAGUUCUGCAGUGGAUAAAGCCAAUCAAAAAUCAUUUAUACUGGUGUGCUUGCUCCACAAAGUCUGGCUAUGAACAGCUCAUCUUGGCAAAGUGGAAAUCAUAUUCAAGGCACAUUGCAAAUCUCCACACAAACCAUGCAGAUCCAUUGUUCCCGAAAUGUGUACAUGAAGAACUUCCGAACAGAAAAUGGAUAAGGAUGGGUGAGAAUAUAAUUUAGACAUUCAGGGGGGGUAAACUUCUCAUUUUCUUUGUGGGGAGAAUGGGAGCUGCACAUGUUUUCUGAAAUGAUGCUAUGAGGCUGUUUAUACUUUUGCAUUAUAGGUACUGAUGUUUAUGAUAAAGUUGUGGCCAUAUGUGGAAGAACCCAAAUGCUGAAUGAUGUGAAGAAGCUAUCUCCAGAAGUGCAAACAAGUCAUUUGGAAGCUUUCCACUCCACGCUUAACCAGUUCCACCCAAAGAUGACAGCCUACUCCUACACAGGCACAUAUUGCAGGUACAAUAUAUUACAAUUUUUAUUUAUUUUUUAUUUAUUUAUAAACUUUGCCAAUGACGGUUACAAUACAUGUAACCUUCAUGUAACUGCGGGCACCACUGAGCAUUUUCAUAAAAUACACAACAACGGUUUUCGACUUACAACAUUUUUUAUUCUACGUUUCGACUUUAUUUAGUCAUCAUCAGGAAUCCUGAUGAUGACUAAAUAAAGUCGAAACGUAGAAUCAAAAAAUGUUGUCUUUAUUUGGAGUUACCGUUGUUGUGUACUUCAUGUAACUCAUUUGCUAUUUCAUAUCUGUCACCUAAUUGUACUCAGUUUCUAUUUUCUCCAUCUUUAGACAUGCAUUAGCUAUUGUUCACUUCAAUGAGAACAUCAAGAGGGAUGCGAAAAAGACCAAAGAUGGAAAAGUCUAUUAUAGCAUUCAUUACCCAAAAUAUAAAAACGGUGAUGAAUUGGUUCGAACUGUUCCAGUCCCCCCCUCCUACAAUUAUGUGAAAGAUUUGAGGAAUAUGUUGUUUAAAGAUACCAAGGCAUCUAUGAAACUCAAAAUUCUUGAGUUUUUGAAGAAUGUUCCUGCUCCGCUUAGCUCACAAUUCAGCAAUAAAGUGGACCGCCUUACUGCCCUUGAUAAUUAUCACAAAAGACAAGAAAUGACAGUUCAGUUAUAUCCCAGUUGUAAGUGCAGUUGCUAUCAUACUAUUGUAAGCCAUCGCAACAGAUUAUUUGACUAAUGUUAGUCAUGUAGGGGAACAUUUUGGGCAUUGGUGCUUAAAUAACACCCAAUGCUUUCCUCUUGAAUCAUCUCAUUACACAGUAAAAUAACAAAAGUAUAGUAAUUAUUUCAUUUUUUUAUUAUAUUAUAGUGAGUGAACAAGAUCAGCUUCAGCUGACAGCCUCUGGACCAGAACCUACCAAUACACCAAAGACGCGGUGCUGUACAAAGUGCAAAAAACCCAUGAAAGGUCACAAGCGUGGACAAUGCUAAUUUACCACUUCAUACAUGACAAUGAACUUUUGUGUUGUUGAUAAUAUAUUAUGGUCGCUACUUUAUGUUAUGCAUGAGUAAAUGUAACCCGAACCAUCCUACCUGGCUAAUAGCUCUUUUGUGCGGCAGACUUAGGGCUAAAUACAUUUGAAAUUUAGGCGGCCGACUGUUUCUCAACACAGAAGUACUAUAAAUUAUAUAGUACUAUAUUAGAAGUACUAAUAAACGCCAAGUUUGAUAGCUUACAUUGCAACAAUCACAGAUAUUAGGUAGGAUUUUGCAAUUAAUGUACCACACCAACAAAUGUGAAAAGCUUCAAACCCUUGGGCCUUACCAUUCAAGUAUAUUAACCCCCACCCUGUUUUGGGGUGCAGGGUUGGGACUUGGGGUUAAUACAUUGACUCAUGCAAUACAUGAACAAGUAUAUCUCUCAUAAUCUCUGUCUUGCACUGUAAAUAGCAAAAUCACCAAAAUGUUAUAUAUAAUGUAAAACUUUCUAAUAAACCUAAGUUCCACCUAGUUGAGAUAUAAUAGGUGUAAAAAUAGCACGGUAGAUUAUUAUGCUGACUUGAGCAGUCAAGGUUGUUUUAAUAAUAUUGUCCAAAAGUUUAUAAUAAAGUCUACCUCUCUUCUGUUGACUUAUAUCCAGUAUAUUCGGUGUUUUUCGCCUUUGGAAACCUUGUUCGAAUUGUUGUAUACGCGCAUGCAGGGAGCGGUCUUGAAUUGUCAAAUCCCAUGAACCCAAAUACCAUAG